GGAUGUCUUUUCAAUAUGUGACUAUUUAUUAUGGACCUUGCGAUUCCUUCCACACUGUUGCUCACAAACCACAGAAGUUACGGGGAUUGAGAGACCGUCUCCAGACUCUUGGAUAUAGAGUCGACCUCGUGCAAGUUCUUUUCGUUAAUUAUUGCAUGCUGGAGAUAUGCGGACACGAGGUGUUUCGCUGCAACAUCCAGAACUUACUAUUUAAUAUGCCUUACGAAUCGGACCCCGUGUGCCAGCGAGCGGUCAAGGCGGUUCAACAGGCGACUGUCAUGCUAAAUCGCGCUCGUAACCACUUGUGGAUAUGGAAACUCAUUGAGGAACAGAUCUUUGUGCGAAGUGCGUACGCACCCAAGGACUUCUGGACAACAGAAACAACGCAGUUAACGCCGUUUUCGACGUGCCUGGACUGCGUGAAAUGUUGCGGUAUACUUGCGCAAAAAAAGUAAAACAAUAAAUCAGAAACAAGUGGUUAGCGGAAAACUAAAUAACUAUCAGCAAAUAAAUAAAGUUGUUGUAAGGCGUAUAAAAUAUAGCCUGAAAUAGUUUGCUGAUCAAACAUUUUACUUCGUGGACUACACAAUAGGACAAACCAAUUUAAG